AUUUCGUCAUAGAGUUAGAGAAGGUCGAAAACAAACGACACACACACUUUAGUUGUAAUCAAAAUUUUUCCAGGCCAAUAAUGCAUCAAUUCGCCUUCUGGAGAAGCGAGGUAAAGCCGCGCCAGCUCGAUCAGGUCUCGCCUAUCUGGAAGGAGUUGAAUGCAACAUUUGUGACUGUCCUCAGCUGGAGUUGGCUUAUUUACACCCUGUCCGCUUUGGUAAUCCUAGUGUGUGCAUAUUUUGCAUAUUGCGAGCGUUGUCGAAGGUCUGAGUCAGUGCGCCGUCGACGGGUUAUUCAGAGAGCUCAGGAGAGACCCCCACAGAAACGCCGACCAAAUGCCGCGUACCGGGAUCACCAGAUUUACCGGCAUAUUAUCCUGAGCGUGGCCAAGUACAUGAAGAAUCCGGAGGGCAUUCGUCCAUUCAUAGAGCACAUGGACCAGCUAUAUCCACUACGUCAUCCUCUGGCCGAUCAGCAGCAGGUGGCCGAGCUCUCACUGAACGUUAACGAUGCGGAACCAAAUGCAGGAGAGGAUUAAGUUGGUCAAUCCUAAGCUAAAGCUUUCUUUUUUUCGGCGAUAAAUUGGAGAAAUACAUUUGACAAAAUAGCAAUUUGACAAAAAAAAAGUUUGAUUUCUUUUUAAGUUCAUAAAGAAGUGCAAACCUUGCUUCUAAAAUAUUACAACUAUAGCUUGUGUUAUCCUGUAUAAUCCUGAACUAUUUUAGUUAAAUAUACCUUAAUAAAUUUAAUAAUAAUGCA